AUGGACGAUGCCGCUGUGCUUAGGAAGAAAGGUUAUAUUCUAGGGCAUACUUUGGGUGAAAGCUCCUUUGCCAAAGUGAAAUCUGCCUACUCGGAGCGUCUGAAAUUCAAUGUGGCCGUGAAAAUUACAGACAGGAGGAAAGUUCCCACCGAGUUCUUAGAAAAAUUCCUCCCCCGGGAGCUGGAGAUCUUGUCAACAGUGAACCACUGUUCUAUCGUCAAAAUCUACGAGAUCUUUGAGACAUCAGGCAAAGUCUACAUCGUGAUGGAACUCUGCGUGCAGGGAGACUUGCUGGAGUUCAUCAAGGGCAACCGAGGCUUGCCAGAAGAAGUCGCGGGCCGGAUGUUCUGCCAGCUGUGUUGCGCCGUCAAAUAUUGCCACGAUUUAGAUGUGGUGCACAGGGACCUGAAAUGUGACAACAUCCUCCUGGACAAAGACAUGAACAUCAAAUUGUCAGAUUUUGGGUUCUGCAAGCGGUGCUUUCGGGAUGGGGGUGGGAAAAUCAUCCCCAGUGAGACGUUCUGUGGCUCGGCGGCUUACGCCGCUCCGGAGGUGAUCCAGGGUAGACCGUAUCACCCCAAAGUUUACGACAUGUGGAGCCUGGGCGUCAUCCUGUAUGUCAUGGUCUCUGGGUACAUGCCCUAUGACGAUUCCAACGUCAAGCGGAUGGUCCGACUACAGGAGGAACACCGAGUGCUCUUCCCAGAUUCCUUGAGCAUCGAAUGCAAAGAUCUUAUUUUCCGCAUGCUGCAGCCAGACGUCUCUCACCGACUGCGGAUUGAAGACGUCUUGAGCCACCCUUGGGUGCAGGGGAAGCGCCUGAAGUCACGCAAAUUGUGA